AUGGGUUCUUCUACAUUGGGGAGGGAAUACCCGGGGAGAUUGUUCCCAGCCGGAAAAUCUCCUUUGCAAGAUCGAAGCUUGCAUCACAACUGCAAGUUGACGGAGUUUGGGCAACUGAAGCAAUCUGUAGGAGAAGAAGUUUUCAAUGACGUUAUGAGUACAUCUCAAGUGGGCAUUAUUCUGAAGCUUGCCUCAAGGAGUUACAUGUGGUGUGCGAAGACAUGUCAUAACCUCCUAACACAUCAAUUGGCUAUUGAGUCGAGUACCGAGAUAUGGUCACUAUUUGGAGGUCGGCCAAUUAGGUUUUCUCUCCACGAGUUUGGGGAAAUCACACAGCUAAACUGUAAAGAGUUUGACCGUAAUGAUGAUUUGCAAGUAGAACACACUUGGUUUUGGGACCUGGUCGGCAUUAAAGAUGGGCAAGGACCUUCUUGGCAUGAGUUGAACGGAGCGCUUGGCAGAUGCAGCACUUGGACGUACGAGCAGAAGAGAAUGCUUGCGCUGCUGUUUGUUGUGCACAUUGGAAUAUAUGGCAUUUCUCGGUCUAGUAGGAUUUCUCUUAAGCAUGCUAAAAGGACGGCUCUAUCGAGAGAUCAGCGCCCAACCGCGCAGUCCGGCUGGCCGAGGAACGAAUGUUCCGCGCUCGGCCAAAACCGUAUUCGUCCGACUGAAGUCUCGGCCAAAGUCCAAACCACUCGGCCGAUCACGCAACACGACCCGGGAAACAUUGCCCGCGGUCGGCCAAGCUUCAACGUCCACGCCACACCGCGCACGACCAAGCGCGCGAGCCGGGAAACAAGGCCUCGCGGCCGCGCAACCCGUUCCGCGUGCCACGGCCGAUGCAUCCGUCCGAGCCGGGAAAGAACGUCCCACGUCCGGCCGAGAAUCUUCAUCGGCCAAACUCAAUCGCUCGACCACGCCGGCCGACCGCGAAUCCGUCCGACCCCGACCGUUCCGACUCGCCACGAUCCGACUGUCCGGCCGAUCGUCCCGCACGACCGUCCCAACGCCGCGGUCGACCCGAAGCCCUUUUGA